AUGUCUGCUACAAAUGAUAUGGAUAGUUUUCAGGAAAGGAAAUAUACGCUUUUUAAGCUGAAAACAACGUUUAAAAAAUUAGAAAGUUUAAAAUCAAUGACUUUCAGACGUUCAAUUAUUUGUGCUUUCAUUUGGGCUGUGUCACUUGCGCUUGGUAUUUUUCUUCUAAUUACGAAAGAAAAUAAUAUGAAUAUUAAGAGCAUUAUUUCUACUUUCUUGCUUGGAGCAGGAAGCAUAGGGACUCUAGUUAGUAGUUUUUUAUCUUUUAUAAAACUUUUUCCUAUAAAGAAGUUGGACACCAAAGAAAAUUUCGAUGACACACUUGUUAAAAUUUCAGUGCAUGAAUAUAAAGUAGAUUCAUGUGAAACAGUAUUAGAUUCAAAACAAUUAGAAUUUAUAGCAAAAUAUAGUGCGGAAGGACUAUGUAAGAAAAUUAGUAAUGAAAUAAUGGAGAAAAUGAGUCCAUUUGGCUUAGCUUUAAAUUUUCUUGAAAAACUUAUUAACAAUUUGCGUUGGAUGAAUAUUUUGCAAAUUAUAUAUAUAUCUAUUAUGGCAACUGUCAUUCUUGUUUUUUCCAUUAUUUCUAUCUUUUUUAUAUAUAAUGAUUCUGGGAUAGAAGUUGUAAACAAUGGAGUGAGAAUAGUAAAUGUUUUAUCUUUACAUCAAUUCCCUUAG